AUGGUCAAAGAAGACUCUCUUAUUGCUGUGUUACAAAAAUAUGACGAGUUUAUUAACCUAAAGCUCAAACCAAAUCUCAAGAUCGUUCUAGACAGACGCGAUUCCGUCUUAAAUUCUCUUUCAGAAUAUCAAAAGUUAAAGAUCCAGAUCGAAUCGAUCCAAACUAAUAAAUUAACAGAACUCAAGACACUGGUUGACCUUGGGUCUCAAUUCUAUGCCCAAGCCCACAUUCAGGACACAAAGUAUAUUUAUGUAAAUGUAGGGUUUGAGUUCCAUGUCCAAUUCACGCUCGAAGAAGCAUUAGUUUUUAUCGAGAAGAAAGAGGAACAGCUUUCAAGAAUUAUAGAAAAGUUCUCCCGAGAAGCAGACAGCAUACGAGCUCAUAUGAAGAUGGCUUAUGAAGCCAUGUCAGAGGUCUUGGAGGCUCAAAAGAACGAGCAGGCAUCGUGA